GACUCAGUCCUCCAACCCGUAUUACCCGCUUACACUUGGAAAAACCUAUAUUACCCUUUCAUUUAGAAAUCCCAGUUGAAAAUAGCAUGCAUAAAAAAAACAUCCUGUACGCAAGUGACAGGACGCACCGAUGUUAUAAGACUUUCCUUCACUCGACCCUCCGACCAUAUCUACAGCGUGCCCCAAAACGACAACAUCUAGUCACCACUACCCAAAAAAAAACCUAAUUAACAUACCUGCACGCUCGCGUAUUAAGUGACAUUAAUGCACUUGGCAGUUUUAAGUUCAGUCGUGGUUUGACUGUGUAGAUAUUCAGUGACUAUGGCUGCAAGUAGACGCCUGGUUGUGACCCUAGUGGUGUGUUUGUUAGGAGAUGUGUUCAGUCUUCCGUUCGAGUCCCGGCUGAGGCGCGGCGCUGUCGACAAUGAGGUGGACUCUGCAGACCAGAUCUUGGGAGAGGCUUCUCCGGCUAAGGAUGUCGCUGAUUCGGUAAGUACUAGCAAUGGUUAUCGCUUGAAUUUCUUUGAUGUGAGGGUAGCGACGGCCGCGGCCCCUGGCGGCGAACUGUCGAAGAAAAACGAAGACCUGAACGAGGCUCCCCCACCCCCUGAAGUCAUUCAGGACAUAUUCGGCGUCCCCUCGGACACUCCCUCAGACCCAUCAGCCACUCUGCCUUCCAUCACCGAGAUCAAAUACGAAGACGCCAAGAACCAGUACGAGGCAUCACCAGCGCCGGCGUCUGAUGAGGAUGAUGAUGAUGAUGAUGAUGACGCCUUCGAGUUUGAGUCCAUGGAGACCAGUCCGACGUUGGGAGUUGGCAGUAACAUCUUCAGCCUGCUGAGCUUGGCCAACUCUUUGUUUGGCGGGUCCAGCGGUGGUGGGGCAGCACCAGCACCCACCGAGGCCCCCUCUAUCCUGCAGUCCAUCUGGAACCUGAAGCUGGACAUCAUCAGGGCUCUGUUCAGCGCCAGCACGGGCAUCCUAGGCGCCGCCUCUGCCUCCUCCAGUGGGUAGAAGGGGGAAAACUACGGUGGUUGAGAGCUGGUAGCCAUAACGAAUGGGGUUUUGAGGGUAGCUAAAGCUGUAAUACUUAGUAAAAUUUUUAGAUGAAAAAUUACGACUUUGCAGAUUAUGAAGUCUUUGUUUCGUUAUGGCUUUUAGACACUGAGAAUGCUUGUUUAAGUGAGAAUAUGAAUUGUCUGUGAUUUUGAACAUUCGAAUAUUAUUAACUGCUCUUAAUUAAAUAGCUUCAUUUAAUUUCCAAACUUAAUUUAAUGUAAGUCAUGUAAAUACCUAUUUUAUUAAAGUAAUUUUUACAAUGUCAUUUAUUGACAAACUACUUAGGUACGAUAAUUAAACUCCAGCCAUUUAAAAAUAUCGCAUCGCAAAUGCGCAUCCCGUAAAUGCAUUUUUGAAAUAAUUAGGUAAGUAGGUACUUAUACUUACUCAUAUUUUUAGGUCCUCUAAGAGUAGUUUAUUAAAUUAAAUUUACAAUCUGUAAACCUUGUGCUGCCACAACGGCGCAGUGCUCGAAAUAUCUAUCUUAUUACGGGAACAUUGUAUUUUAUGUCCUGUAUACAAUCAUUGAACACUUCAACAAUCUCAUGAAGCAUAAUGUGAUACUGUCUAACAAUAAAACAAUAUUUGAUAGCAAAUAAGCUUAAUAAGGUGAAAACACUAGAUACACUAGGUAUAAUUGGAGGCUACAGAUACUUAUAACGUUUGUUAUUAUAUUUUUUUACUUUGUUACUUGUCAUACGUGUCCACUCUGUAUCUUACGCAUAUCGGACAGCUCCCUUUCUCAGAUAUAUUUAUUUAAAAAAAUAUCAAAAUUAUGAUUUUAUAUCGAUACUAGAAUUAGUAUGGAAGUAAACCUAUUAGACUAUC